GUGUACUCUCAAGGGAAGCAGUAUUUUAUAACUUCAAUCAUUUCAAGACACUUCAACAAUGUACCUGUCACAAUACUUCCAAUUACUUUUCUUCAUUAGCUGUACCACAUUUCAGAAAAUAAUCGACUCUCUCCAUUAUCUGAGCCAGUUUGGACCCCUCCACCUAAUUCCUCUAGACCAGUUCACCUUCAAUGUGUUGAGUAGUGUUCCCAAGGAUGUUCUGUGUUCAUGGCUGACCAGUCAGAUGAAUGGAGGACCUCCCACAUCUGGAGUGGAUCCCUCCCAGAACCAGGGACAAUGGCAACAUUUACUUUGGAGAACGCCUCCCUCUGCAUGUCAGAACAAGCCCAACACAGCUCCAGCCACCAUCCAGACGAACUCCAGCUAUGGACAAGAUCCAGAUGACUUCAUGGACUGGACGGAGGGCCCCCAGAAGGAUAAGAACAAAAUUGGUCAAUGGCAGAAUAAAUACCCCUGUCGUCAGGUUGAGGAACCUAUGGACGUUGAUGUUGUGGGCAACAAACAUUUACCUCCAAAUAGGCCUCUCUCUGCAUGUCAGAACCAGCCCAACACAGCUCCAGCCGCCAUCCAGAAUAAGUCUUGCUAUGGACAAGGUCAAGAUGACUUCAUGGACUGGACAGAGGGCCCCCAGAAGGAUAAGAAGAAAAUGGGUCUAUGGAAGAAUAAAUACCCCUGUCAUCAGGAUGAGCAACCUAUGGACGUUGAUGUUGUGGACCACAAACAUUUACUUCCAAAUAGGCCUCUCUCUGCAAGUCAGAACCAGCCCAAUACAGCUCCAGCCGCCAUCCAGAAAAAGUCUUGCUAUGGAAAAGAUAAAGAUGACUUCAUGGACUGGACAGAGGGCCCACAGAAGGAUAAUAUGAAAAUUGGUCUAUGGCAGAAUCAAUACCCCUGUCGUCAGGUUGAGCAACCUAUGGAUGUUGAUGUUGUGGACAACAAACAUCUACCUCCAAAUAGGCCUCUCUCUGCAAGUCAGAACCAGCCCAAUACAGCUCCAGCCGCCAUCCAGAAAAAGUCUUGCUAUGGAAAAGAUCAAGAUGACUUCAUGGACUGGACAGAGGGCCCACAGAAGGAUAAUAUGAAAAUUGGUCUAUGGCAGAAUAAAUAUCCCUGUCGUCAGGUUGAGCAACCUAUGGAUGUUGAUGUUGUGGACAACAAACAUCUACCUCCAAAUAGGACUCUCUCUGCAAGUCAGAACCAGCCCAAUACAGCUCCAGCCACUAUCCAGAAAAAGCCCUGCUAUGGACAAGAUCCAGAUAACUUCAUGGACUGGACAGAGGGCCCACAGAAGGAUAAUAUGAAAAUCGGUCUAUGGCAGAAUAAAUACCCCUGUCGUCAGGUUGAGCAACCUAUGGAUAUUGAUGUGGACAACAAUCAAUCAAGAUUAAGUAGCAAAAACACAGUGAGUCCAAGCCAAUCAGCUGGUACAACCAAAACAACCGUCUGGCGCCGCUCAUCAAAAGCAGCUACUCGUUGGUCAUUCUCACAUCAGAACAAAGUGAAAUGUUGGCCAUACAGUCAGACAACCCGUAUCCAGGCAACCAGGCAACAGACACCAAAUGUCACGGCCUGAUUCCUUCUGAAACCCUGCCUGUCCCAGACCACGUACCUGCCUGCCGCCCGUCUGUCUCUCAAGUUCAUCGAUCUGGUACCGAACCUCUGCCUGACCUCAACCACAUACCUGCCUGCCGCCCAUCUGUCCCUCAAGCUCAUCGAUGGUGUUCUGAACCUCUACCUGACCUCGACCCCAUACCUGCCUGCCGCCUGUCUGUCCCUAAAGCUCAUCGAUGGUGUACCGAACCUCUGCCUGACCUCGACCACGUACCUGCCUGCUGCCCAUCUGUCCCACAAGCUCGUCGAUGGUGUACCGAACCUCUGCCUGACCUCGACCACAUACCUGCCUGCCGCCCGUCUGUCCCUCAAGCUCAUCGAUCGUGUACCAAACCUCAGCCUGUCCUCGACCACAUACCUGCCUGCUGGCCGUCUAAAUAAACACUCCAUUUUGGCAUGUAUCUUUGAUUGCAGUUCAGUAUUCUUUUGC